AUGGUGUUACAUCACUUGGAAAAUCUAUUCCAGUUGCUGGGAGGGCUUUUUGUUUUCUUGGAUAUGGUUAAUAUAGAAAAUAAAAUCUCUAAAGUAAAAUUUGCUAAUAAACGUACUAAAGAAUUUCAAAGUAUUCUUUUAGAAUAUAAUGAAGCUGGAUUAUUUCAGCUUAAUAAUGAUCAUAUUCAUUUAACAAAUAUUAUUCAAGAAAAUGAAGACUUGAAAAUUAGUCAAAAAAUUAAAGAUAUUUUUAAGUUGGAUCUGUUUGAUAUUAAUGAAUACAAAAUUUUUAAAUAUGCUACUAAUUCUUGGGAGGGAAACAGGGAAUUCUUAGAUUCUAUUGCAAUGCUAGCAGAUAUAACUUCUUUAAGAAAUAAUUUUGAUGAGUUGAAAUCAGAACUUAGACAACAAGAAAAAGAAUUUAAAGAAUUUAACACAAAUGAAUAAUGUGUUAUAUUUUAAGGCUUAG